CUCUUCUGCAUCUCUCUGCAUGCCCGUGGAUCUUGGCAGAUUAGCCCAAGCUCAUCGCCAUGAAGAAGAUCCUGUGUGUUGCCGAGAAGCCGUCGAUCUCCAAGUCCGUUGCCUCCGCCCUAUCAUCGGGUCAAUCGCAAACCAGGAAUACCGGAGACACCUAUACCAAGAACUAUGACUUUGAGCAGCACUACGAAGGCGAGCUGUGCACGGUGACCAUGACAGCGGUCCGAGGGCACUUGUACGAAAUCGACUUUGGGCCCGAGUAUCGCAGCUGGAAGAGCGUUGACAUGACUCGGCUCUUUGAUCUCCCAGUCAACAAAACCAUCCGUCCGGAUCUCAAAAAAGUCGCCCAGAACAUCCAGGCCGAGGCAAAGCGGGCCCAUGCCGUCGUAAUCUGGACAGACUGUGAUCUUGAGGGAGAAAACAUUGGUGCCGAGAUCGCCAUGAUCUGCUGCGAGUCCAACCCAAGGAUUCAAGUGAAGCGAGCGCGCUUCUCUGUGGUUCAGCCAAGAGAAAUCCGCGAAGCCUGGGGCAACCUCACCAUCCUGGAUCCGAAUCAAGUGGAUGCAGUCGAUGCCCGCCAGGAACUUGAUCUGCGUAUUGGUGCCGUCUUCACGCGAUUCCAGACACUGCUGCUGCGGCCCCGUUUUGAAGAGCUGAAUGAAAAGAGCGAUCCGAUCAGCUAUGGUGGCUGCCAGUUUCCAACCCUUGGGUUUGUGGUCGAUCAGUUUCUCAAGGCUAAAAGCUUUGUCCAUGAGGCGUUCUGGAAGAUCGAAGUGACCCUGGCCAAGGAUGGCCAGACAGCCAACUUUUCGUGGGAGCGCAAUCGUCUGUUUGACCAGCGAGCAACCUUUGUCAUCUACGAACUCUGCAUGGACCAACCGGUGGCAACGGUAACAUCGGUGCAGUCCAAGCCCAAAGACAAGUGGCGGCCUCUCCCUCUGACCACCGUCGAGUUCCAGAAGAGUGCCUCAAAGCAUCUGCGCAUUUCCUCCGACAGACUUAUGAAGAUUGCCGAGGACCUCUACAACCGCGGUUUCCUGAGUUAUCCCAGGACAGAGACGGAUGUGUUCGAGGACAACUUUGAGCUCCGUCCCUUGAUCGAGAAACAAACAUCCAAUCCAAAUUGGGGGGAAUACGCCCAGAGACUCUUGGCAGGGGGAUUCAAGAGACCACGCAAAGGCAAAAACAACGACAAAGCCCACCCGCCUAUCCAUCCCACACAAGAGGCCAGAAACCUUACUGAGGACGAGACUCGGGUCUACGAUUUUGCCGCUCGUCGCUUUCUCGCGUGUUGUUCCGACGAUGCAAAGGGUCAUGAAACAGUCGUCGAAAUCGACAUUGCCGGCGAGAAAUUUACCGCCAAAGGCUUGGCAAUUCUCGAGAAGAACUAUCUCGAAGUGUACAUCUACGAUAACUGGAGCAGCACAUCGAUACCCCACUUCGAGCUGCAUGAACAAAUCGAACCGUCGCGUCUAGAGAUGGUUGAUGGAAAGACAUCGCGGCCGUCGUUGCUGACGGAGGCGGAGUUGAUCACCCUCAUGAACAACAGCGGCAUAGGGACGGAUGCCACCAUCCACGAACACAUCAAGAAGAUUCUUGAUCGCGAGUACGCCACCAAGGAGCGAGGCUACUUCAGCCCGACGACACUGGGCAUGGGUUUGGUCCAGGGAUACGACGCGAUGUCAAUCGAGAUUGCAAUGUCCAAGCCAUAUUUGCGGAGCCAGCUCGAAGACAAUAUCAACAAGAUUUGUCGAGGAGAAAAGACCAAGGAGCAAGUUGUGCAGGAGGGCGUUGAGAUGUACAAGCAGGCGUUUUUGAAUGCAAAGAACGAACAAAACAAACUCAUUGAGUCGCUUGCGGCUCACUUUGGCCACGAUCCAACAGAGCCAGAGCCUUCGCAAGGGAUGUCGAUGGCUCAGAUCGUGCGGAAAUGCCCAAAGUGCGACAAGAGCAUGUCACUAAAGCGGACACAGGCAGGAUUCUUGAUGAUUGGCUGUAUAGGCUAUCCGGAGUGCAAGGAAGCCGUUUUCUUCCCCAGCAUCCUCAUCAGCGCCGAGCUUUCGCAUAAGAUCUGCCCUCGAUGCAGCAGACAGUCCUGUAUAUAUGCUUGAUAUGCAGUUCCCAGCGAACAAAGUGCCGCCGUCCAUUUCGUCUGAGUACACUAGCUGUGCGUUAUGCGAUGAAGA